ACCGCCUCCAACUGACAGCAAAUCCUGAGCCCUCACACCGCGUGAGUCUGUCUGUACACUGAAGGAAGAUGUAUGAAUAAGAGAAGAAUAAUGCCAAAGUAAAAAAGAAAAUGUCAUUUGUUACACAUUCAGAAGAAAAUAACCCGACUUUUCCUAAAGUAAUCGAGAGCCCUGAAGGCAGGACUGAACUGAUGCAAGACCUUCCAGAUUACUUUAACCAGCUUGAAUUGUUAGAGACACACAGACAUCUGAUCCCAAUGGGAACUCAGAACAUGUGGCCAGGAGAAUCCGACGAAGAGGAAGAUGAGACUGAAAAUGAGGAAUGUUUGAAAAGUAAAGAGAAAGAAUUGGAGAACGAUCCAGCAAAUCUAUUACUCUGGGCUUCUGAAAAAAAUCGGAUUCCGAUACUAAGAAGACUUCUCUCUGAACAUCCAACACUAGUUAACAUCAAGGAUGAAGACCAAUAUACACCACUUCACAGGGCUGCCUACAGUGGUCACUUGGAGGCUGCUCGUGAGCUGAUAAGCCAUGAAGCAGAUAUCACUGCUCGUACUGUAGAUGGCUGGACACCUUUACACAGUGCUUGCAACUGGAGCAAUACUGAAGUGGCUUCUUUCCUACUACAGCACGGAGCAGACAUCAAUGCUCAGACCAACGGCAUGCAGACAUCAUUGCAUCUUGCUUCAGGAAAUAAAGCCACCAAAGCAACCAUUGAAUUGCUGUUGAUGAAUCGUUACAUCAAUCCAAAUCUAAGAAAUAACUUAGGUGAGACCCCAUACGAUGUUGCUCGGAGAACCAACCCUUACUAUUACCUCUUUGAAAUUACAGAAAACUGCACAAAUUCUGUACUUGAUUCCUGAUGCAAUGUAUUGUACCACCUAUAUCCAAUGUUCUAAGCAUUCACAUAAAGGAAAUUUUCAGUUUGUUUAUGAAUAUUUGAAAAAAAAUAACCUGGUUCAGGAAUUUAGGAUGUAUCCUGGAAAAAAAUCCUUUUUUUAAAAAAGUGAUAUGUUUCAAGAAGCAUUGGUAACCAGAAGAGCAGCUAAUACUGUGUCACAAAGGAACAACCAAAUGAAUCUACAUUGUUCAAGACCUUUAGUCAGGCAUUUGGGAAAAAUAAUUAAAAACAGACAUUUCUGAUUGUCUGCUGCUUUCGCUAAUUUGAUGUGGACAGGCUAAGAAAAACACAGCCUAUAUUUUCUUAUAUCUAUAAGUAUUACCUCAUUUCCAAGAUAUCACAUCAUGCAGGGACAGAGUUAUAGUAGCAGUAAAAUGGCUGGUGUGGGAUGCAGAAAGUAUUCACACUGGUUAACUUCUCUAGUUGCAAUGGUGAAUGACAGUGGAAGGACCUGCAUCUAGUUAACAUCCUUCUGACCUGUGCCUUUGGUGUUAACACAGGUUUUGAAAGAUGGAACAACAACAACAGCAACAACAAGAUUCCAUUUAU